AUGGAAAUACGAGUGGGAACUGUUUAUUCGAUCGUUUUUGCCGUUGUACAGAUUUUUGAUAUUUUCGCUAUCUCGUAUGCAAAAUGGAGCACAGUUGAACUAGAAACAGAUGGUACCCCGAAAAAUGUAGUUCCGGAAAUUGACCUCGGUCUCUUCCAAAUUUGUUGCAUCACUUUUAUUGACAACAACGAGGACCAAUCUACUUCAACAGAGUUAGCAACAACAACAGCUUCUUCCUUAACCUCUGUUAGAUCAAAGAUCCUUCGAGAGGAGCCAAAAGAGCAGCAAAGAGAAUGCAUAAGCUGGCAGAAAUUCUACAAUGCUGAAAAAGAAUUCCACGAAAAUGACACUAGCGAAUUUGUCUGGGAUGAAAAUUGCCCAAAUUACGGGUCACGAUUAAAGAUUCCGACCCUUCAAAGUAAUAAAUUCGAUUUGGGAUCGAGUCCUCUUCGACAACGCAGAUUGAGGAGUUUGCAAGAGCUCAAUUCCGAGCUCAAAGAAUCUCCUCUGCCAGUUCGAACUCAAAGGCAAACUGUAAAAUUCGCGGGGAUUGAUCCGCUUGAGCCCGAAGAAAAACCUCAGAAACAGACAGGAAAUGAAGAAUUGCUCCGAUCCCUAGACAAGGAAACUCUUGCCAAGUUGAUAAUGAUGACUGCUGCUAAAGAAUCGCGAGCAUCAACGAGGAUGCAGCCCAUUCCAAUGCCAACUUCUUACUCGAUGUCUGCUGAUGAAGAUAAUGAAUAUGUUUGA